AUGUUGGCCUUGAUGCUGGCCGGUGCUCUUUUCUUCUCGGGAAUUUUCCUGCUGUCCAGUCACGUUCUGAAGAACAAGAUGGGAUGGAACCGGGCCGACGCCGACAUCGUGUCAGCACGUGCUGUGUCGUCCUUCCAAGCCGUGAUGGCGUCGGCAGCGGGAUGUGUCAUCGCCGCUGCCUGCCGCGGGGACGUCGUUGAAGACAGGCACUGGUUGGCGGAAGCGUAUGUUGCGUUUGCCACACCAUACUUUUUGUACGACGUGUACGCCAUGUUCCUGUGCGACCGGCAUAAGCGCGAGGUCAAAGGUCACCGGGACGCCACCUGGGCGGCUGCAAUGGGCUUCCUGCAGCGAGAGACUUUGAUGGUGUUCCAUCACGUCUUUGUCGUCGUCUUCUGCUCGCCAGCGUCACUGGUGUGGAGGCGUGGCAAAGGCGACUUUUUCCAGGGCCUUUUGUUUCUUGCCGAGCUCAGCACGCCGUUUGUGUGUCUCGCUAAAGUCCUCAUACAGUUGAAGCGCACGGACACGCUGGUGUUCAAAGUCAACGGCGUGGCGGCGCUCGUGGCCUUCUUCGGCUGCCGCGUGGUGCUCUUCCCGUCUAUGUACCUCAUCUACAGCAGGUACGCGCAGGUGCCCUUUUACCGGGCGGUCCUUGGGGCCCCGUGGCCAUGCAGCGUGGGGGCGUGUGUGCUGUGGCCCCUCCAGAUCUUUUGGUUCUCGCUCAUGUGUGGCCACGCCCGCCGCAGCCUCACGGGAAGUCGCGCGACACCAUCCGGAUAA